AUGGAUAUCAAGGCAUUGUUGUUUGGCCAGGAAAAUAUCACUGGAUGCAACAAAUCAGUGUUCUGCCUGUUCAGGCCUGUUCUGUGUAACUACUUUCCUCCUCUCUUUGCCCUUGGGUGGGCUGGGGUCCUCAGUGCUCCCCCAGACCUGCCUGGCCUCUACAAAAGCCUCCAGAGUUCCCACCCUCUCCUGGCCGUGACGUCAUGGGUCCGGCUCCCAGAGCAACCGGUGUUUAGCCAUCACCAGGGUCAAGAGCGCAGGGAGGACCGAGAGAAGAGGACCAGAGACCUUCUGCACCACAGCACCCAACACACCUCCACUAUCCAUGUCACACCUUCCCACGGCCGGCCUGCUGUGAACCAGCUGCCCAUGGAAGUUCUCAAGGUGCAUACCCACCUGGAGAGUCCCACCAAGUACCACAUCCAGCAGGCCCCUCGGCAGCAGGUGAGGCAGUAUCUGUCCACCACCCUGGGUGGUAAGGCUGGCAGCCAGUGCCCCAGCCAGCCCCCGGAGCACGGCAUGCCACCCGGGCCUGGCAGCAGCGCCCCCAACAGUCCCAUGGCCCUGCUAACCCUCAGUUCCAACUGUGAGAAAGAGAUGGAUGAUGUCAUUGAUGAUAUUAUUAGCUUGGAGUCAAGUUACAACGAAGAUGUUCUUGGGCUCAUGGACCCAGGACUUCAAAUGAACAAUCCGCUCCCUGUGUCUGGUAACCUUCUCGAUGUGUAUGGAAACCAAGGGCUUCCACUGCCUGGCCUCGCCAUCAGCAACUCCUGUCCACCCAACAUCAAGAGGGAAUACACAGCUCCUGGCAUGAAGCAAGUACUGGACAAGCCUGGAUCCUGUGGCCAGUAUGAAAACUAUCAAAGGCCAGAAGGCUUUCCAGUAGAGGCUGAAGUUCGUGCUCUUGCUAAAGAGAGACAGAAGAAAGACAAUCACAACUUAAUUGAACGAAGACGGAGAUUCAACAUCAACGAUCGCAUCAAGGAGCUGGGAACCUUAAUACCCAAGUCAAAUGAUCCAGACAUGCGUUGGAAUAAGGGCACCAUUCUGAAAGCCUCAGUGGACUACAUCAGGAGGCUACAGCGAGAGCAGCAGAGAGCUAAGGAACUUGAGUGCCGACAGAGAAAAUUGGAGCACGCAAACCGUCAUCUGAUGCUUCGUAUACAGGAGUUGGAGAUCCAGGCUCGUGCUCAUGGCCUUGCAGUGGCGUCAACACCAUCCGUCUGCACAUCGGAUUUGAUGGCACGAGCCAUUAAACAGGAGCCUGUCCUCGGCGACUGUCCCUCAGAUCUCUACCAACACAGCUCACCCCCUGACAUGUCCCCACCCACCACGCUGGACCUCAACAAUGGCACCAUCACCUUUGACCAGAUUCCUUCAGAUGCUGGGGACCCUGGCCCUUAUGGAAGCUCCAGGACCUGUAAAAUGAAAGAACUGGUAACCCUGUCGCCAAUUUCCCCAAGUGAUCCCCUGCUGUCUGCAGUGUCCCCAGAUGGCUCCAACAGCGUUAGCAACCACCACAGUUCCUGCUCUAGUAUGGAGGAGAAAGAGCAAGGCUGUUAGCAUUGUUCAAUGCCAUGAGCCAUACUGACAUUUUCUAUCUGUAGCGCCCCAAUAAGGCACGUCACCUUAAAGGGACAUCAUGUUUUGGUUCAUUUUUCACUGAACUCUCAUGUUCAAAUACUGUAAUGAGAGUGAGACUUUCAUUUUGUUGACUGUACAAGAUAUUUUUAUAUUCUAAUCUCAUAUAACUGAACAGUUCAGAAUCACAUGACAAACAUGUAUGAGGU